GUCUGCGAUACCACCGAUACGUUCUCUAAGCAUAACCAAAUAGGCUGUUAUUUGAGACACGGGACGUUGCAUGAGAUGAUCGUCCGCGUGUGUAGUUGUAACACAUUUGUCUGUUACCAACACAUUGUCUUUUAAACGCUGGUAGAAAUUGUACGUAAACUUGGGGGCGUGCCAGGGAAUUAAACUACACGUCAGUGACGGACGGUCUUCGUGUUCUGAUCUCCGAGCUGAAGUUUUUAGUUUCUUUCCAGAAUUAAAAAGAAGUAGCUAUUAAAAAUAGUUUGUUAACCCUGUUGCUUUGUUUUUAAAUGUUUCCAUCCGUCGCCACCGCGAAUUACAGUGAAGGAAAUAGAAAUCUAUUUAUCCAGCCUACCACUAACUAUUCACUACUGCCCCCGGCACGCGUCACUAGAAAUAGUGUUCGUGUAAUGUAAGUAUAUUCUGAAAUUCGGCUUAUAAUUAAUUACACGAAGAUAGAAAAUGCAGUAGCAAACACCGAAAUAGAAUUUAAUUUUUUAAUCAAAAUUGAUUUUCUCUUCCGCAAUGUUUACCUUUCAUUUUAUGUUAAAGAAUUAUUUUUUAAUGCCAAUUAAUUUAACACGUUGGUGCCUAUUAUUAAGGGGAUAGAACUUGUUAUUUCCAUAACAUUGUUUACCGAAAGUUGUGGGACUUGUCUUGUAAUUGUAAGCUUUCAAAAUUAUUUGUUUAUAGUUUAUAGGGGUUUAUUCAUAAGACUUCGAGGCUUCAUUAGAGCUAAUAACUUUGACGUAAUAAAUAGUAGAUCAGUUAAUAACAAGCUAGACUUUACCGAACAAACAUCCCAGGCUCUUUAUUUACUUGUUCACUUCUCACACACGUUGACUCAGAUUACAUUAAUUAACACCAGGGGAUUCUGACAUAUUGGGUCUCUUUAUAUGACAAGCAACUCUGACACAUUUUGUAACACUUUAAAUGACACACAACUCUGACACAUUUUGUAACAGUUCAAAUAACACACAAUUCUGAUACAUUUUGUAACACUUUAAAUGACACACAAUUCUGAUACAUUUUGUAACACUUUAAAUGUCACACAAUUCUGAUACAUUUUGUAACAAUUUAAAUGUCACACAAUUCUGAUACAUUUCUAACACUGUAAAUGACACUCAGACACAUGUACCGCUUUUCACUAUAUUAAACUCCUUGAUUUACUAUGUAUAAAAUAUACAUAAAUUUUGUUAACAACAUAAAUUAAACAAUAUUGACCAACUGAUCUAAUGUAAAUGGAUCAGUACAGAAAUUCACUCUACAUUGCUGAUGCUAUCUUUAAUUGUGAAACUCAUUUAACAACAAUCUCCAAUUAACUUUAAAUAACGUAUAUUCUUUUUUGUUUCUUUUUUGACAGCCUCAGCUUGUGAAGGAAAAAAAAUCUUCUUUAAAAAAAAAAACAGUGUGCAAAGGAAAAGUCUUCUUCAAAAGACCCAGGCUGCAAAGCAUUUAUUUAAAAUUUAACUGAUUUAUGACUUAAAAUAGUUUAAAUAAUUUAAGUCCAGUCAUCGAUUGCAUGUUAUCAUAAUUUAUUUGGAUCAGUUACCAGAAGAGAUAUUAAAAAAAAAAAAUGGGUGUCGCUGACGCACUGAAUGCUAACACAGUCUUGCUCCUGAGGCUGAUCAUCUACGGUUUGCUGGUCUUCUUUAGUUUCUUUAUAUUUGUUGGUGUGGCUGUCAUGAAGGUUGGUAGAAUUAAACAAAAUUUAUUUUAUUAUUCACUGUUUGACUUAUACAGAAAACACACCAUGCUAAAGAUUUUUCAUUAAUUUACUUAGUAGCACGAGGUUGUUAAUGUAAGCAAAUAUUUGCUUGAAAACUAUUAUAAACUUCAACCAUGUAAUACAAUACUGCGCCAGCUAUAAAAGUUUAUUUUUUUAAAAGGAUAAAAUUCUAUAUCUUCUGUUUACUAUUAUGACAGAAUUAUACAGUUCUAUUACAUUUUAAUAUGUCAUUUGCAGUAUGUUUAGAUUAAAUGAAAAACUCAGUUUUGUUUUAAUCUAGCGUGUGGGAUUGUCACCAGCAUAGGGACAUUGUUAUUUGGAUAGGGUCAUUGUUAGUAACAUAGGGCCAUUGCUAUUUGGAAAGGGUCAUUGUUAGUGGCAUAGGGACAUUGUUAUUUGGAUAGGGUCAUUGUUAGUAGCAUAGGGACAUUGUUAUUUGGAUAGGGUCAUUGUUAGUAGCAUAGGGACAUUGUUAUUUGGAUAGGGUCAUUGUUAGUAGCAUAGGGCCAUUGUUAUUUGGAUAGGGUCAUUGUUAGUAGCAUAGGGACAUUGUUAUUUGGAUAGGGUCAUUGUUAGUAGCAUAGGGCCAUUGUUAUUUGGAAAGGGUCAUUGUUAGUAGCAUAGGGACAUUGUUAUUUGGAUAGGGUCAUUGUUAGUAGCAUAGGGACAUUGUUAUUUGGAUAGGGUCAUUGUUAGUAGCAUAGGGCCAUUGUUAAUUGGAUAGGGUCAUUGUUAGUAGCAUAGGAAAUUUUUUAGUAACAUCCUAGAAAUUACGCAGUGAGGUUUGGAAUUAUAUACGUAACAGGGUUAAUUAAGUUAAGACACUGCCCUACUUAUGUGGCGCCAUGGUGGAGCAGACUCCACUUUAUCUUAUGUGGCUCCAAGUCAGAGCAGACACUGUUCAGGGUGGAGCGAAACUGCCCCUACAAUUUUAGUAAUGUGGCUUGAAAAUAUAAUAAAUAAAUUUUGCUAUUUAAAGUAAUUCUCAGCCAUUAAUGUCUAGGUACUAACAAUAAAUAGCAAUAUGAAUGUACACUUAUGUAUAAACUUUUUAUAAAUAUUUUUGUAUUAUGUCAAAUUUUCAGGAUGAAGUCAAUGGUCUUUGCCCUUUGUAUCAUUUUGGUGCUGUAUCAAACUGUAACUAUCCAAUGGCCAUAGCCAUUAUAUUCCAGCUGUUCUAUAUCUUAUACAGGAUUGUCAUAAUCCUUCUGCUGAAAUUGGGCAAGCUUAAUACAGAGUAAUAAUCUAUUCUUAUUUUUCUUUAAUAUAUAUUUUAAAAUAGUCUUAUAUUUCUCAUGCUUUACCAACCAACACCCUUUUGAAUAUGAAUACCCUACAUACCAAUCAUUAAAUAUUAAUGUAAUGUCUUUGACAAUUUCUUAACCAUUUUAAUGUCUUUCUAAUUUCUUUUAUUUUUAAUUUUGCAACUGUAAUGUAAUAGCUUUCAUUAAUUCUGAUUGUAAUGUCAUUCGUGACCACAGUUGAAUCAAAUGUCUUGAGUCAUUCAUUAGUUCUUACCGUAAUGAAAUUGAUUAUUGCAUUAGUAACUUAAGUUUUUAUCCAUAUAAAUAUUUUCUAGGAUGUUUUUACUGUCUGAUAUCAUGGAGUUGAUCUACACUUGCAUUGAUGCUGUAACACUGUUGUUUACCUUCAUUGGUGCCUGCAUUCUCUCGGCUGGGCACAAUGAUACCUGUGGUGACUCCAGGUAAGAACAUAUUUAUCAAAAUGUCUCAGUUGCUUAUGUGCUGUAUAAACAUGAAUUAACACAUGGAACAAUAAAAUAUAUUCCAGGUGUUAUGGGAUUUAUAAUAGCAUGGCUAAUAGCGAAAGCCUUUAGGUCAAGGACGUCUUACUCGAUGCCACACUCAGCUUCAAGGAUGUCUCAUUUGCUGCCACACACAGCUUCAAGGAUGUCUCACUUGAUGCCACACACAGCUUCAAGGAUGUCAGACUUGCUGCCACACAGCUUCAAGGAUGUCUCACUUGCUGCCAUACACAGCUUCAAAGAUGUCUCACUUGAUGCCACAUACAACUUCAAGGAUGUCUCAUUUGCUGCCACACAGCUUCAAGGAUGUCACACUUGAUGCCACACACAGCUUCAAGGAGGUCUCACUUGCUGCCAAAGACAGCUUCAAGGAUGUCACACUUGCUGCCACACACAGCUUCAAAGAUGUCUCAUUUGCUGCCACACACAGCAACAAGUGAGACCUUUGAAACCUAUACAGAAAAUGUUAGAUUUUCUUUAGUUAUGGUAUCUAAAAAGAUAUUUUGUUUGACAUCCUUUUUUUCUUUACAUCUAGAGCAGUUCUUUUAAAAAUAUUGUUUUUGCAUACCCUGUCCAGGCACCAGUUCUGAAGAAGGGUUGCAACAAUUGGGACAACUAUGUUUUCUUUGUUUUGUGUAUCAGUAACUCAUUAAAAUGAAGUAAAAUUAUUGUUAUUGAAAAACAUAAAUUGGCGAAAGUCCAAAAUUAUAGUAAAAUUUAAAAAUAAUGCACCCUGGCAUAAAAGUAUUUUUCAAAAGUUUUCAAAAUAUCUUGAAUUAUUUUGAUAUUUUCCCACAUUCCAAUAUUCCUAAACUCACAAUUUUCUGUUUAUUAUCUAUAUUUUGAUUAUGUUGUAUUUAGCCUUUACUGAAAGAUAUGAAAAUAUAUUUUAAAAGGCCAUUGCAUUAAAAUUUUCAAAAGCUACUAUUCUCUAAGUAAAUAAUAUUUCUUCAGAAACAGUUGCUUUGUUAAUAGAGUUGAUGGAAUAAAACAGAAUAUUUUGAAGUAGUCCUGUAGCACAUAAAAGUAAAAUUGGGAUUGUUUAUUUGACAGAAAAGUUUUUAGAGUCCUUGUAAAUUCUUAAUGUAUCACGUAAUAGAUGAGUUUGAUUCUUGUGUAUACAAAUCAAAUGUGGAAGGAAAGUUAACAAUUUUUUAGAAAAAAUGUGUUUUGCUAUGGGUAUUCUUUCAGUACCGGUAAUAAAAACCAUGUUCUCUAAAAAAAAAAACAAAAUUAAAAUUAAAAACAAGAAAUCAAUUUUUUUUUUUAAAGGUGUUGUAUAAAAAUAAAAAAAAAAAAAAAAUUAAAAUAAAAAAAAAUAAAUAAAUUUUUUUUUUUAAAAGUUUAAAAAAAAAAAAAAAAAAAAAAAAAAAAAAAAAAACAGUCUUGGAAGUUAAAUCUUGGUUAAAAGUAAAUUACACUGAGAAAUACGUUAAUAAUACUUAUUAAACAAGAUACAAGGAAAAUUAAAUUUUUAAAAUGAUUCUUUUUACAGCAUGUUUUGUACUAACUGGGUCUCAGCCUCAAGAGCAGCACAGGUAAAUUUGUAUGAUGUUUUUAUUUUUACACUUAAUCUUUGAAAGGUUUUCUCCAGCAAGAUGAAGCAUAAAUAUUCCUGAAAUGGUAAGCUAGUGAUAAAAUCAUUUAUAUUUAAUAGAAUACAAGAUACAAACAAUUAAAACUCCAAACCCCCAGCUUUAGAAAAUAUGGAAUUUUAUGUAUUUAAAAAAAAAAUUGAAAUGCAUCAAUUUUAUUUGAAGUUUUCCUUCAUGAUUUUUGUAGAGUUACAUCUGAGGGUUAUCUCAGUCUUUUAAAAUAUAGAGAGGAGCGAUGCCCCCAUUAUUUAAGUGUUAUAUCUGAGGGUUAUCUCAUAGUCUCUUAAAAUAUAGAGAAGAGUGAUGCCCCCAUUAUUGAAGUGUUAUAUCUGAGGGUUAUCUCAGUCUUUUAAAAUAUAGAGAGGAGCGAUGCCCCCAUUAUUUAAGUGUUAUAUCUGAGGGUUAUCUCAUAGCUUCUUAAAAUAUAGAGAAGAGUGAUGCCCCCAUUAUUGAAGUGUUAUAUCUGAGGGUUAUCUCAUAGUCUUUUAAAAUAUAGAGAGGAGGUGUGCCCCAAUUUUUUUAAUGGGUUGAAAUUUCAAAAUUAAAAUGUGUAAAAAAAUAAAACAGUUUUCUUGUUAAGUAGAUAGCUGUCAAAUUAAACAACGACAUCACAAAAUAUGCAUGAAAUAAUAUUCAAUUUAAAGAGAAAAAAAAGAUAUCUAGAAAAUAUUAAACAGUACUUCUGUUUAAAUUCAUUAAAAAAUAUUUUGAACAAUUUAAGGGUAACAUAGUGUAAUAUAGUUUUUGGAUACACUCAUGCUGUUUUCCUGGACUGGAAAAUGAACACAAAGUAAAAAAUAUAAUGCCGAUUUUGACUUUUUUUCUACUCAUAUGGUGUAAUCUUUUCUGACUGGGUUUUUGGUGGUCAUUCUAUCUAAAUAUUGCCUCAAAAUAUUUUGAUUACCGGUACCGGUAACGACUUUGACUAACUUUUGGGAAAAUAUUGAUUAUGGGAAGAGACCAAACCUGUAAAAAUUAUAUGCCAUUAAAACAAACACAUCAGGUUACGAAAACCAUUUUUUGUUUGUAAAAAUAACAUUGUUUUAUCAUGGACCAUACACCCCACUUUUGGCAGAUUUGACAUAAUUGUAUUCCCUAAAUUCAAACACAAUUUUUCACAGAAGAAUCGCUUUCAGUCAGAGUUGUUCCCUGAAGCCACAAUGAACAAACAAUGAGCAUGGUAUAAAUGGCUGCCAAAACUUUCAGAUAUUAUUAUCUCCUGUCUAAAAAAAUGAUGUAAAAAUCCUUGAAGUACAAAAUAAAGUAUCAAGCUUUAACUUAUAUUGUACUUGUUACAUGCUGUUUUACAACAUGAUUGCAGUAUUCCCUUUUGCACCAAAUAAAUUAACCCUAAAAUACCCCAAUUUUUUUUCUUUUAAAAUGAUCUUUCACUUUAAAUGAUCUUUUUUGUAAUUAGCGCUUGUUUUAGCGUCACAACCCUAAAAUUGUUCACUAAUACUAGUAAUACCAGUAACCAAAAAACUUACACUUCCUUGUAAAAAAAAUGGAAACAACAAAUAGGAUCGCACAUUUUCCUGUUACAUAGUAGUGAUAUCUAUAGAUAAGUGAAGACUGCCAUAAAAUUCUUUAAUUUCUCUUCAGUCAUUGUUUGAAUGUUUUCCUCAGGCUGGUGCUUGGAUUAGUAUAAUACUGUGGCUGUUCCUUGUGAUCGUUGAAUUCAUCUACCUCUUCCGUUCUGGCAAGAUCCCCUUUCUGGGUGGAGGAGUAGUCACAAGAACAACCACAACAUCACAACAAGGUGGAGGAGCGUCUCCUGUUGACACUCCAUCCUACAUCCCAGACGACAGCGGCCCAAAAUAUUAAUAUUUGUAACUUGCAUUACAACCAACCCAUGAACUUAGAUGACAUUUCAGAUUUAAUUCUCAACAUUUUCUUAAUAUUAUUACUUGUUGCUUUGAGAUUCAAUGUUAUGUUUACUGUGAAAAGGUUAACAUUCCACGCCGACUUAAAUUUCAGACCUUUUUAAUAAUAAAAAGAAAGAAUUUGUACAACAUUCAACUUUAUAAAAUAUGAGAGGAAAAGUUUUCAUGUGGAAUCUACUAGAAUUCUAUAUUUAAUGAUUUCUUGUCAUCCAAAUUUAUUGCUGAUUCAAUAUGCCAAGAUUUGAUGGGAGAUUACUCUAAUGUCAAAUAGUCACAACAGAGAAAUGAACUCCUGGGUUCUGGAGUAGUUGUCUAGUUGUCUUAAAAUUGUCACCCCUCAGCUUUUUUAAUACUUCCGACCCCCAACCUCUUGUCCCAUUUAAUCACCAUAAUUCAUACCAUUCGUAUAUGUCUUUAAAUAAGUUGUAACUUUUGAAUCUCCUAUUUAAUUCAUAACGUUGCAUAUUGCAAAAAAAAUGAAAUAAUGCAUCUUUAAUCAACUUUAAAGCUUAAAUCAAUGAACUUGUAAGGAAGUAGGAAAGAAUUUGUCUUUAGCCUUUGGCUAAGUAAAAAUAUUAUUUAUAUUACCAGGUACGUGAUUAAUUUGAUUAACGUGACCUUUAUAUGAACACCUUUUACCACAAAUGUCAUUCCCUCCAUGUUGCCUGACGAUUGUGUGAAUGACCUCCCAUAUAACAAUUUUUUUGUCUACAUGGGGCAGCUUCCUGUUCAUAACAUACCCUGCUAUUCCUGGGUUGGAGAUUAAACACUGGCAUCUUUGUAUCGUUACAUGUUUCACAUUUUGUAAUUAUUAUCAUGAUACAUGCCUACAAAUAUCCAUAUUUAGAUGUUUAUAUUUCUACAUUAUCCACAAUGAUGAUAUACAAUUUAAAAAAAUCAUGUAUUGUCCUGUCACAGGUGCUCAAUAAUAAAUAGUUUUUUUAUUACAAUUAUAUAUCCGUGUGUACACAGGCAGAUUUGUUUUGGUAUUGAAAGUAAGAAUAGGAAAUAGAUUUACAACUGUAGAGUUAUGUAUUGGAUCCGAAUUGUUAUAUAAGAAUAUCUAACUUAUUAAGUUUUUAUUUAAUUUUUUAAUUAUUAUUAUUAUAUUAAUUUUUUUAAUGACAUUUCUUUCUUAUGAAAAUUUUAUAUGUGAUAGAGAGUUGAUGUGUGAUAGAAUUUAUAGUGCUUAGCAAAAAUACAACAUUAAAAGUUUAGAUCUUCUGAAUGUAGAAGACCAUGUUAAUUUUAGCAUCUUAUAAUAAAUUGAUUAAUUUAA